UUGUCCAAUUCAUUGUCCCAUAAAUCAUAACUAAGCAAGCUUCAUUCGGGUCUAUGCUCGAGAAACAAGAGAAGAAGAAGAAGAAAAACACGAUCAUAAGGUUGUUUCUAUCAUAUCGGAGUCAUGCUUCUCAAGUAUAAGCUCAACUUCAUCCUCGUCCUCCUCCUCGUUUCGGCCUCGUUUUUAUCCACCAUUUGCUCAGCAGUUGAAGGUCGAGCUGAUAAGCCGGUUCAUCAGGGCAGUAAUGGUAGAGUCGUGCAUGAGGAUGGGAAGAAGAAGAUGGAGGAAAUCAUCCAUGAAAGGGUUUUGAGGGUAAACACCAGGGACUAUGGAAGGUAUGAUCCAGCUCCAGCUUUUGUGAAGCCUCCUUUCAAGCUCAUCCCCAACUGAUAUCUAGAACCUUAGCUUAUAAAUAAAUAAUCACAAAUAUAUCAUGUGUUUCAUAUUAUAAGUACAUAUAUAUAAGUAUAAUGUAUUAUCAUAUUAUAUAAUAUAGUGUGUAAUGGUCACAUAUAUAUGAAUAUAAAGCUUUGUAACGUCUA